GAUACUUUGGUCGAGUCGCAUCAUGGGCCAGUAUGAUGGGCUCGUCGGCGUCGGGAGCGACCCGGAGACGCAGAUGCUCUUCCUCUUCGAGCUCAUUGAGGCGCUCCAUCUGCACCAAGAAGAAGAGGGCGAAGAAGCGCAGGACCGUCGGUGGAAUGCGGACGAUGAUGAUGGCAAUGGCGACGACGAGGCGCUUCCGACGUCGCCGCUGAUCGAGGUGGCGACCUUGACCAACGUGCUCGUGCAUGCGUACUAUUGCCCGACAACAAUGCUCCUCGUGCUCCGCGCCAUGAACGCGCUCUUCGACACGGAUCCGGCCUUUGCGAUGGACCCGUCCUUGAACGUGCACGUCGUCGAGACCGUCCUCUGCGCGGCCAUGAGCCUCCACGACACCGACACGACCGAGCAGGCGCUGCGUUGGUCGCGCGCGCUGGCCCGUGAUCGACCGUCCUGGGUUCUCCUGUCCGGUGCGGCGUACCUCUUCCUCUCGACGCUCCAUGGCUCCCAUCUCGCGACCAAGAAGCGCGUCUUGGAGCUCGCCGUCCGCGCGGCCAACGUCGACGCGUCGCCCGAGCAUGCAACAGCGCUCCUCGCCAUGGCUGAUACCAUUGUCAUCGAGUACGCGAACGAUCCGGACCCGACACUGGCUGGCCUCGCGUUGCAGUGGACGACCGAUGCGCUCAUGCUCGUCUUCGUCACCGACCACAGCUACCUCGCCGCGUUCGCGCACGACACGGCCGUGCUCUCGUUCUGGCGUGACGCCUUCCCGCGCUGGUCGCACGCGCAGCAGCGGUCGAUCCUUGGGUACCUCGAGUACCUUGUGCCCGUCUUCUCCGACAGCAUGCUCUCGGCGUGGUGCGAGAUCUUCACCGCGUACUGCUUUGCCCCUGCGAGCAAUAACGCACCAACGCUCGCGUACUACGACAUGAAGGCAGCGGCGAUCGCCGUGCUCACCAAGGUGGCCGCCUUGCGCGACACGAGCGUCGUACCGCGGGCGCCGUACGAGCCAGAGUGGUCGUGCAGCGAGUGCACGAUGCUGCAGCCCAUGGCGUACACGUUCUGCGGUGUCUGCGGCGCGCCCCGGGUCCCCACGCACUUUGAGAUGCAGCAGCAAGAAUGGCUCAUCCGCAAGCUCCGCUACGACCAAGUGCUGGCGGGCCACAUGACACCGACGUUGUCCAACGACGAUGCGCGUGUGGGUACGCUCGCGCCCCGGAUCGCGCCACUGUUUGCCGAACCGAUUGGGUUCUUUUUGGAGUACGAGGCCCAAGAGAUGGCGCUCUUGCUCGGACUGCCGCUGUACAUGCAGCUGCUUGAUCCUGCCGAUGGUCCCGGCUGGCACCGCGUGUGUCUCGUGCUUGGCAUCCUUCGCGUCACGGGCCGCCACGACGACUGGGUCGCCGACCAGAUCGCGCAGCUCCAGGCAAACCUCAAAGAGCCGCAUCUGCUGGUGCGCCAUGGUCUUAUGGCGGGCGAGCUGUCGCACCCGCUCUUUGCACUCGUCGCGCAGCUCUCGAGAGACAACGACGUGCACUACCACGACACGCUGUAUGCCGCGAUCGACGAUGCGUGCGUCACGGAGCCACCGACGCUGUACGAGAUGACAGCGAGCGGCUUGUUUAGUUGGCUUCUGCCGCGGUCCAAGACCGCGCCGUGGCUACCGCGUGCCGUCGACAUCCAGCAGUUUGCCUCCGAGUUUACGUUUGCACCAGUAGACGGCCACUGGCACGAGACACUGCUGCGCCUCCGUCUUCGUCGACCCGAUGGCGUUGUCGACGUCAGUGCGCACCCGCUUCUGUCGGUGCAGCACGUCCUCUUGGCCGUCAAGCAACUGCCGUCGGCCAAAAAGGACAAUGACGCGUUUCUUGCGGAUGUGACGCUGACGGGCGCUUUGCUGCCGCCCGUCGACAGCUCCGAAGCGCUGGGCUACCUCCUCGCGGGCGGUCGUAUCUGCGCACCGUCUGACUCUGUCCUUGUCGCCGCCCUCACGGCCUCACCGAGCGAUCUCUACGCAACCAUGGUUGCAUUGGAUGUUGUCGAGACGGAGGUGCCGCCGACAGCACCAGCAGCGUGGCUGCGCGCACUCGAUGCGCUGGCAGUGCUGCCACGUUUGACGCAGACGUUUGGGACGAUGGCGCAGGAAGAGUGGCGCCAGCUGUCGCGCGUCGUGCCCGAGGCCGUCGCUGCGAUCCUCCACGUGCAGCCGACCGCCGUGCCCCUUGCGCUCCGCAGCAGCUUCUUUCUUGGUUCGAAAGCCGAGCGCAAGACGCGUGAGGAAAUCAGCGGACGCACGUCCAUCACGGUGAUGCGCGACGGACUGGCGAGCGACAAGACGUGGGCGACCGUGCCGCCGUCCAGUGUGCUGUACGUGAGCUUUGACGGCGAAGCCGGCCAUGGCGUUGGCCCCACGACCGAGUUUUAUACACUGCUGGCUCGGGCGUUCACUGCGCCGACGCUGCGUCUCUGGCGCGAUCUCGACGCGCCGCUCUUUCCGGCACCCCACCAUCCUGCGCUCGAGGGUAGCAGCGACGCGUUGCAAGCUUUUGAGACCUUGGGCCGCGCGCUGGGCCGUGCUUUUCUUGAUGGCUACUCGCUCGACUUGCGCGUCUCGCCGAGCUUUCUCAAGCUGCUUCAAGGCAAAGCGCUUGUCUGGGACGACAUGCUGGAGGUGGACGCGUCGCUGUAUCACUCGAUGCAGCGUCUCUCGACCUUCGAGGACAUGGCGUCGCUUGGGCUCUACUUCAACCUCCCGGGCGUCGACAAGUACCCGCUGUGCGAUCAGGGCUGCGACCGACCCGUCACGUGUGCCAACCGCGACGAAUACGUGACGCUCGUCAAAGACCACGUCUUGCGCGUCAGCAUUGCGGGUCCGGUGGCCGCGCUGCGCCGUGGCUUUGCCACGUGCAUGCCGGUGCACACGUGGCAGUACUUUACGCCCGCCGAGUGGCAGAUGCUUCUGCAUUGCGAUCUGCCGUGGACACGUGACGAGCUGCAGCGCGGUCUCUGCUGCAGCGCCGGGUACGCGUGGGAGACGGACCAGAUCCAGUGGCUCGUGGAGGUUCUGGUGACGCUCUCUGCGUUUGAGCGCGGCCAGUUUCUUCUCUUUGUCACUGGCAGUCCGUGCCUGCCGCUGGCGGGCUGGUCGGCGCUGGGCCUCACCGUCGUGCCGGUCUCGUCGGCUACAGACGCGUCGCUGCCGUCGUGCAACACGUGCCAAAAGUACCUCAAGCUCCCUCGGUACUCGUCGCGCGACGUCUUGGCCGCCAAGCUCCGCACGGCCUUCACCGAAGGCCAAGCGUACUUUGCGUUGGAUUAAGUUAUAUACACAGGCAUGAUCAUCCUCCUCCGU